UGCAGGACUCUGCCAUCGUCCUCAAAGAGUUAAAAGUCCAGUUAUGGAAGGGAACUAACAAUAAAUGCUAGAUACGGUAUGCAGAGUGCGUUAGUAAAGAAACUUAGAAAAAACAAAUGAGGCAAUUAAUUAGAGAACACAUGGUGGUGGAAGACCUCAAAGAGUAAGCUGCCAUUUAACCUGGGUCUUGAAAAUUUAAUAAGGAAAUUGAGAUGAUAAGAUUCAGACAAGGAAUGGAAACUGAAAGUGGAAAUCAAGAAAAGAUAAUGGAAGAAGAAAGCACUGAAAAGAAAAAAGAAGUUGAAAAAAAGAAACGGUCACGAGUUAAACAGGUGCUUGCAGAUAUUGCUAAGCAAGUGGACUUCUGGUUUGGGGAUGCAAAUCUUCACAAGGAUAGAUUUCUUCGGGAACAGAUAGAGAAAUCUAGAGAUGGAUAUGUUGAUAUAUCACUACUUGUGUCUUUUAACAAAAUGAAAAAAUUAACUACUGAUGGGAAGUUAAUUGCCAGAGCAUUGAGAAGUUCAGCUGUUGUAGAGCUUGAUUUGGAAGGCACCAGAAUCAGGAGAAAAAAACCUCUGGGGGAAAGACCAAAGGAUGAGGAUGAGCGCACUGUGUAUGUGGAGUUACUUCCCAAAAAUGUUAAUCACAGUUGGAUUGAAAGAGUCUUUGGGAAAUGUGGCAAUGUAGUUUAUAUAAGUAUACCACAUUAUAAGUCUACUGGAGAUCCGAAAGGGUUUGCAUUUGUAGAAUUUGAAACAAAAGAACAAGCAGCAAAAGCAAUUGAGUUUCUUAACAACCCACCAGAAGAAGCACCAAGAAAACCUGGCAUAUUUCCUAAAACAGUGAAAAAUAAGCCCAUUCCAGCCUUAAGAGUUGUGGAAGAGAAGAAAAAGAAAAAGAAGAAGAAAGGCCGAAUGAAGAAGGAAGACAAUGCCCAAGCCAAAGAGGAAAACAUGGACACAAGCAACACCAGCGUCAGUAAAAUGAAAAGAUCCAGACCCACAUCUGAGGGCUCUGAUCUAGAGUCUCCUGAAGCCCAAAAGCAGCCUUCAAAGAAAAAGAAAAAACGGGAUAAAGUUGAAGUAUCCAGCUUACCUGAAGUCAGAACAGGGAAGAGGAAGAGAAGUAGCUCUGAAGAUGCAGAAUCCCUAGCUCCCCGAUCAAAAGUAAAGAAAAUUAUUCAGAAAGACAUGGUUAAGGAAGCUUCAGAAGUUUCCAAAGAAAAUAGAGAUAUAGAAAUCUCUACUGAAGAGGAAAAGGAUACUGGAGAUCUAAAAGAUAGCUCUCUCUUAAAAACAAAAAGAAAGCACAAGAAAAAACAUAAAGAGAGACAUAAAAUGGGAGAAGAAGUUAUACCAUUAAGAGUACUAUCAAAGAGCGAAUGGAUGGAUUUGAAAAAAGAGUAUUUAGCACUACAAAAAGCUAGCAUGGCUUCUUUAAAAAAAACAAUAUCCCAAAUAAAAUCAGAGUCAGAAAUGGAAACAGACAGUGGAGUACCUCAAAAGACUGAAAUAAAAAAUGAAAAAAGUAAAGCCAGCAGUGAAGAGUGUCGCACCCAGGAGAAAGUUAAUGCAUCAGGACCACAGUUCGUGAGUGGAGUGAUUGUGAAGAUCAUUAGCACAGAGCCUCUACCUGGCAGGAAACAAGUCCGGGAUACUUUGGCAGCAAUCUCAGAAGUUCUUUAUGUUGAUUUGCUAGAAGGAGAUACAGAAUGUCAUGCUAGAUUUAAAACUCCUGAGGAUGCUCAAACAGUAAUAAAUGCAUAUGCAGAAAUUAACAAGAAACACUGCUGGAAACUCGAGAUCCUUUCUGGUGAUCACGAACAAAGAUAUUGGCAGAAGAUUUUGGUUGAUAGACAGGCAAAACUUAAUCAGCCUCGGGAAAAGAAAAGAGGCACUGAAAAGUUAAUCACCAAAGCUGAAAAGAUUAGACUGGCGAAGACUCAACAAGCAAGUAAACACAUUAGAUUUUCUGAAUAUGACUGAAAAAAUGUUUACCUCUUAAUACUUCACUAGAUACUUGAGCUGUUCUUGGGAAAUUCACUUUUAUUAUGGUAGAACUGCAUAAUGAAUGUUUUUUUAAUUAAAAGAAAUACUUUAUUCCUCAACUUGUAAAUAAGACUUUUUUCUUAAGACAAAUACGUUAUAUACCACAAUUUUUUUCUUAAACAUUGUAUUUGUUGAAAUUAUCUUAGAUGUCGAUGUCAGGUGACUUAGUAAAUAAAUGUGUUUUGAAGAUUA